AUGGAGCAGGAAGGUGUUUGCACUGAGAGUACAGCUGUCGUGCCAGAGUCUGGAGGGAAGGACACAGUGGUUAAACACCUGCUGGUGAAGGCAGAGGGGCUGCUGGAGGAAAAGACCCACACCUCACUCCUGUGCCCUAAAGGUAGGUGAACUUCAGCUUCAGAGAUAAUCACUUUCACUAUGCCAGAGAAUGUGGUCCUUGGGUCGGAGAGAGCCCAUGUCUCUUUCUUAGGCGAUAUUUUGGGGACAGCACUGGACAACAUAGAUGAGCUCCUCCAGAUGUCCAGUGGCUGUGGUGAGCAGAACAUGAUUCAUUUUGCCCCCAAUGUCUUUAUCACACGAUACCUUGAAGAAACAGGACAGCUGACUCCAGAAAUCAAACAAAAGGCAAUUGGCUAUCUGGAAAGCGGAUAUCAACGGCAACUCCUCUACAAGCACACAGAUGGCUCGUACAGUGCAUUUGGGGAAGGCAGUGAGCCAGGGAACACAUGGCUUACUGCCCUUGUCCUCAAGACCUUCAGCCAAGCCCGGGACUUCAUCCACAUAGAUGAGCAGAAUAUAAAGGAUGCUGCCAGUGCCCUGAUUAAAAGUCAGACUCCAUCUGGCUGCUUCAAGAGUGUGGGGAAGCUCUUCAACAAUGGUCUGAUGGGUGCAGUGGAGGAAGGACUGGGGCUGAGCUCUGUGGUCGUCACAGCUCUCAUCCACUCAGGGAUGCCACAUUCCGACCCAGUUGUGUGGAAAGCUCUGAAAUGUAUAAAGGACCUGGUCAAUGCUGAUACUGGCAGUUCCAACCUCUACAGCCUGGCACUAGCCGCAAACGCCUUUGCAGCAGCAGGUGAUAAGGCCCUCAGGCAGAAAAUCCUCAAAAGAUUGGAUAAGGCUGCCAUAAUAACAGAUGACCAAAUAUUCUGGAGUCAGCAGUCCAAACAAGAAGAAGACUCCCUAUAUUGGUAUCGGGCUCCAUCUGUUGAUGUGGAAUUGACAUCUAGUAUCCUCAUGGCUCACCUUUCAAAGUCAAGUUUGUCUUCAGAUGAAAUCAGAAAGGCAUCCCAGAUUGUGUCUUGGCUUACCAAGCAGCAAAACCCUUAUGGAGGCUUUGCUUCAACCCAGGACACUGUGGUUGCUCUGGAAGCCCUAGCCCUGUAUGCAACCAAGACCUUCAGCAAGGACGGCCCUGAUCUUCAGGCUUCUCUCUCCUCUGAGGGUUUCAACCAAAAUAUCCGAGUAGACAACACUAAUCGCCUCCUGCUGCAGACAGUGGAGCUGCCAGCCAUUCCCCGAGAUUAUACUGUGCGUGUGGAGGGCCAUGGGUGCCUCUUCCUGCAGGCCAUUCUGCGGUACCACAUCCCUCCACUGAGGAGUGACGUCACCUUUGCCGUAUCAGUGCAGACAGAGUGCACGGCACCCAGCGCCACCCAGUUCCCUGUCACCAUUCAUGCUCGCUACACAGGGAACCGUGUGUCCACCAACAUGGUCCUGAUCCAAGUGGAACUGCUGUCUGGAUACAGCCCUGUGGCAGGUUCAUUGGAAGAGCUGAAGAAAAUGCCUUUAGUGAAGAAAGUUGAAAGCGAAGCUGACCGAGUCAUUAUCUACCUGGAGGAACUGACUAGACAACCUCACACCUACACUUUGCUGGUGCAGCAGGACAUGCAAGUGAAGGACCGUAAGCCAGCUAAUAUCAAGGUCUACGAUUACUACAUGCCAGAAGAAACUACAGUGAUGAGCUACAGUGCCCCGUGUGAGUGA